CCGCGGUGCAAAAUGGCGGCAGUCGCCUUACGUUCCUCAGUGUCGCGGUACGUGUGACGACGAGAAUACAUCGUUUGCGCGCGCUCUUUCAUGGAGAGCGAGAUAUCCUCGAUGCGCCUGUCAUUCCCGAACGCCAAGCGACUUCGUUGAUGAUCUCAGAUUGUUUGCCAUAGGCUAUCAGAUAUGUCGACCCCAGAGAAAGCAGAUAUUUGUGUGCCAGACACACAGGAAACUUACUAUGAAGAAUCCAACAACGAGAAGACCUGCAGUGAGACACAGAACACCAAUGUAAAUGAGAGUCAAGAUUUUCGUCUUGUCGAUUUUGGAGAAGACGAGAGUUUGACUAACAAGACACAGCCUUCUGGUGAAGAAAUCUGCCAAAAGCCAGCUAAAGAGCCAGACUUGCAGCAAACUUCCAACACAGCGGAACCUAAAACAGACAACAAAUCAAUAACUGCGAAUGACGAUAAAAUCGAAAGCGAAAGAAAGAUCAUUGAAGAAGAGACAAUAGAGAGUGAUCUUGUAAAGAAAAAUGAAAUCAACGACGAGCUUACUGACAAUGACGAGGAUGAAAUUGUCCAAGGUACGCCUCCUCACAGUUACACGCCGCCUAAGAAAGCGGAUGGCGAUAUCGAGGGCGCGAGUCUCAAACGCAAAGCGGGAUCUUUCGAAGAGCCACCGGCUAAAGUUCUCAGGACGACAUCGAUGGAAAACGCUGUAGAUGUUAAGGAAAAAUUCGUGGAGGAAGAGAGUCGUCAGUCCUGCAAGUCCGACGACUCGUAUGACGAGCUGUUUAAAAGUCCCCGACAUAACGUUAUAAUAGAAGAAACUCAAGAUCCAGCGAGCCAAUUGCCGAAGAGCCCCACCGCGCCUACGGAAGAAACGAUGGACACCGACACAGAGCAACAAGAGGAAAAAGAGAAAAAAGAGAAAGCUUUUACCGAAAAAUGCUGCGACGUGGAAAAAGACGAAAACCUGAACGUCUCCGCGAAAGCUGCCGACGACACUAGUGUCAACGAUAGCACCGUUGCCACCGUGAAUUCCCUGCACGAGAGCGAUAUGCAGGUAGACGAAUAUGACACGAAAAAGACCGUCACGUCGCCUAAUCCUGUACCGGAAAGCAUCGACGAAAAACCUCAAAGUGACACGGACAAGAAAGAGGUGGACGAGAAAUUGCCAGAGAUAAAAGACACAGACGCAGUCACAGAUGCAGUGGUAGCCGAUGAAAGCGCUGACACGACAGAUUUAACGAACUGCAUCGAGAAGACUGAGACUGAAAUUGAGAAGCCUACUGAGAACGACGAGAAUAUUCCGUCGUCUCAGCCGAAAGUAGUCUCCAACGAAUCUCCAUCAUGCUUGAAAAUCGGGAGCAAGCCAAGAACGAGCGUGGAGUUAUUGUAUGAUGGCGCGAGAAAAACCACCACCGAUGGUGACAGCGAGUCGAAACCUGAGGUCGUGGAAAUCGACGACGAUACCGAGAAAAGCAUUCUGGAAUCAUCAGCGGAGAUAAUAUUCGAUCAAACAAAGAACGGUGAGAACAAGUCGAAGCCGGAAGUCGUCAAUAUCGACGACUCGCACGAGGAGCGUGAAAGAAUCGUCCUGGAUCGCCUCGACUCCAAUUCGGAGGUGACUGCCAUGGGCAAGAACUCGGACGCGAAUGAGACGCUGUACAAAAGCUGUUACGGCAGCACGACCGAAUUCAGCUUCAAAAGCGUAUUGGACAGCAAGAAGGAGUCGUUGAUGGACUCGAACGAUGAUAGCAGCAAGCUGGUGAACGGCAGUGACGAGUCCAAGAGGAGCGACAAGACUGUUAGCAUCGAGUCUGACACGUUUUCUGGUUACGAUACACCGCCUGUAGUUCUCAACAGAGAUGAUAGCAAUAACGCGGCUACAUUCAGCUCGCGAAAGCUGGCUACGAAGAUCCUCUCAGGCUCCAAGGACUUAGACAACAUCGAGCUGAUCAGCAUAAGCGAUCACGAGCAAGACCUCUCCAAUACCGACGACGGCGCGAGGAAGUACGACCUGAUUCAUAACAGCGCGCUGGCUAAAGCCGUGCAGGUGGAGAAGGAAAUUGGGAUGUAUGUGAAACUCAGGUGUCUCUUGCAGAUCGAUGAGAACACGAAGGAGCUCUUGAGUAAGGAACUCAGUGCGGUGCAUUGCGAGCCUAUAAUGGAAUCCGCUUUGAUAAGGCAGAAGAACGAUGACACAGCGUCGUCCUCGUUGGCUGAUAUUUCCGACAACAAGGAGGCAUCGCCCGGCUCCGUAAAUAGCAAUCCUCAGGCGUUCCAUUUAAACCCGUCCAGGUUGUCUAUAAUGUCAUCCAUUAGCUCGUCUAGCUCAGCGUCCAGCGCCGCAUCGCUUGCAGCGAAGCUCGCACUCAAGGAAAGCGUGUUGUUCUCGUUGCCUCGCGGCCCAGCGAAGCACGCGAAAAAGAUGUCGCAGGAUAUGCCGUCGUCGAUGAACGAUAAGCACACUUUGGACGAGACUUAUGAACGUCUGACGCGCGAGUGGGGCAACAAUCGGCUGUUGAUCACGACCGUGUUGAAUUGCGCAAACGCGGAGCUGAGCGCACUGGACACCCACAAUAUUAGCAACGAGCGGUUGGACGACCAUGCAGAAGAUGCACCCUUGCAGAAGAUGCACUCAUCAACGCCCGAGGUCGAGGCGGAGAAGAUCGCGUUGACGACCACACCGAAGAGCACUAAAAAGAGCAAAUCGCUAAAGAGACCCCGGAGCAAGAUGACGAGGUCGCGGGCGCACACGAACGGCGAGAGCAAGAACAGCGCGAACACGCCGACCAUCACGACUGACUCCAUCGUGGAGGACGACAACACACCGCGGAAGAAGAGUAAAACGGAAACCGACACCGUGUCCGAUGCUACGGAAGCAGCCAAAUUGAUAAUCAGCGACUCGGAUAUAUUCGCGAACUCGUCGCCAUUGUCGGUCGACGACCUCAUCGGCAAGAAGGUGUUCGCCAAGUGGUCGGACAACAACUACUAUCCCGGUACAGUAAUCGACCGCAUGAAGACCAAGUACAAGGUGAACUUCUAUGACGGCAAGAGCAAGAUGCUCAUACCUGAGUUUAUUAUACCAAUACCAAAGACUAUCAGAGAGGGCUUGUCGGUGUACGCGACCACGCAAACUAACGAUUACGGUUCCUGCGGCAUCAUCGUGGACGUGAAGAGCGGCAAGGACAGCGAAGAGGACGACGUGCGCUAUACCGUGGAAACGGAUGAAGGUGAACGCUUGCAUGUCCAAGUGAAGGACAUUUUCCUGUCGGCUGAUCAAGCUCAGGUGCUGAAAGAAGAGGUGGAUACCGAGAACAACAAGAGCCUGCCGAGUACACCGAAGCACUUGGGGCAAGUGUCGUUGGACAACAUGGUGGAAGGCAAACGACGUUCCAAGCGGAUCGGCACGCCGGUCUUCUCGACCCCCAAGGCCAAAAACGCCAGCUCAUCCAGCAAGAUCAAGCCGGUAUCGUCGGCGUCGGGGAAGACAAAGAAAAAACAGAGCGGUUUGUCUGAGAGCGAAAACAUGUCCAGUGACACGAACGCCGAGCCGGUGGCGCAGGACGAGUACGCGCAGCAGAAGGAGAUAAUCACCAGAUCAAACUACUCGACCCCCAAGACCAGAAACGCCAGCAAUAGUUCGUUCAGCAAGACCAAGUCGGAGCCGUCGGUGUCGGGAAUGGCAGCGAAAACGAUGAAGAAACGGAACGCUGUAUCCGAGAACGAGAGCACGUCCAGUGAUACGAACGCCGAUCUCGUGAUGCAGGACGAGUACACGCUGUGGGGUCUACAAAGGGAGAUAAUCGACACACCAAUUAAAUCGAACAUGAAGGGACCGAAGCACAGAGUCAAGAGUAAGUUCAGCAAAAAAGCGGAGGUGGAGGACGAGGAGAUGAAAAAGAUUUACGGCCCGAUCCCCAGUGACAACACCAUCUUCAAGGGUCUGUCGUUUAUCCUCACUUGCGCGCCCACAGACUACCUGGACAGGUACCACGAUGGGAAGACCUCCGCAUCAGGCACGGAGACCGAGACCGACAACGAGGCGGAAUGGUUGAAACGGCCGUUCGUGCGAGAACGACUGCAAAAACAGAUCGUAACGGGUGGUGGUAAGGUUUACGAGGACUUCAACGAGAUCCCGAAGGAAGAAUAUGCGAACACCAAGCACAUCACGAACGUGCCAAACACUACGGCGAAGAGCAUACUGUGCCUCUCGGUCGGCAUCCCCUCGUACAAUCACAAGUGGAUCAUCAGAUGCUGCUUGGAGGAAAAACUCGUAAAUUCGGCUGAAGAAAUGCUUCCAACAGGAUGGAGCUUACAAAGGCGAACCUAUGUAGAAGCGUUCCAAAUAAAGAUCAAGCCAUUGUCACAACACGUCAUUAUAAUUCCUAAUCAGGUGACCGACCAACAGUUCGCCACGUUUUGGUCGCAAGUGUGCGACAACGCGGGAGCUGUAGUUUUAGUCGCAGAGAGUUCAGAAAACAUCGAGGAAAUGGAAUUCGAUAGUGCUGCUGUGAUUGUCUCUAAUCAAAGGUGUCCUUCGUGGGCCGUGGAGAAGGCGCAACAAUUACGAAUUCCUAUUAUGUCCGUCACGUGGGUUAUACAGUGCUUAAUCGAAGGCAGGGUUUGUCCGUACAGCCAGCACGCCUGUUAUAAGUACAACUAUAUAAAAAAUUAAAACGUAUUAUCGUUCAGGGGACCCGCUACAUACAUUCGCGAAGAUCCAGAUUGUAAUCAAUAUGAUUUGUAAUAAUCAUGCCAGCUUUCUUCAGUUCUCUUUCAUACUUAUUUUAAUUUUUUAUACAUCUGACUUAGACAGAAAACGAGAAGACAACGACUAUCGUGCACAGUUGAUACGAUUCUAUAUUUUUUUGUUAUAUUAUGUUAGUAUCUUAUUUAUGUCAGGACUUGAUGGAGAUUAUAAUUGCUUUAAUUUUGAUUUUAUGAUUAAUAAUAUAAAACAUUAUUCUUUCACGUCAUUUCUACGUUUGAUAUAUCAAACACUCUAACACUCUACCAGAAAAGAAACAAGACUUACAAAAAGGACGAUGGGCUGAUAUUUAUCUACAAAAUGUAACGUAAGUCAUGCUGUCAUGCAUGUAAUCUUAUGUUUUUGUUCAUCUCUAAACCCGUGGAGAAAAUAGUCAAAAUUCGUAUUAAAGGAGUCGAAAUAAGUUAAUAGUAGUUUGUUUAAUGAUGAUUUUGCUCCAAUUUAAUUAUUUGUAUUAUAUAGUUUAGUUUUAUAAUUUUUUUACUUAAAAUUAAGAAAACAUUUCAAAAAUGUUAAAUCCAAUAUAACAAAAUUAAUAUAAUAUAAAAAUUAAAAAAAAAAAAGUUUCGUCAGAUAUAUAUCAUACAGUUCUAAAAAUUAAAAUUAUUAAUAGUGGACUUCCACACCACUCUACAAAUUUGAUAAAAGAAUUUUCUAUAAAGAAACUUAUCAUUUCUGAAAUGUUUUCUUAGUUUCCAGUGAAAAGGGUUAUAAAAUUAAACUAUAAUACAAGUAAUUAAGGUAAAUGUCUCAAUACCCGGGCAUGUACCUAAUUCCGGACACUCUUAUUAUUUUGAAUAUUUCUCUAAAUAUUUCAUCUUUCAACGUACACUAAAUAUAAAUAUAAUAUGGAUGUAUUGUACGUUGAAAGUUGAAAUAUUCAUAUUCAAAUAUAAAAAUAAUAACAAUGUCCAGGCAUUGGUACAUUUACCUCAUAGCGAAUUCGGUUACUUAUACUAGUGCGUACUGAGUGCGCAUUAGGGCUUGUUCAUAGUAUGUUAUUAUAUUUAAAGAUUGUCUUAAAUAAAUUAUCAAAUAUUUUUAACGAUAAUAUGAUAUGUACAACAUCCGUACGAAUCAUUUUAUUAGUUAAAAUGUUUUUAAAUAUGUAUUUAAAACAAUCUUAAAUAUAAGAAUGUACUGUAAAUAAGUCUUAACGCACACUCAAUGCGCACUAGUGCAAGCUGCCGAAUUCACUAUUAAAUGACUAGAACAUAGUCGUCGCUAACUUUAGGCAAAAAAUCGGUCCAUUUAUCCAGACAUCAUUCCUUUGUUUUUGGUAUUAACAUUAGUCACUGGCUAGCAUAAUCGAGUAACGCGGAUCGUAUUGACGAAUUUCGCAUGAUUGUAAGUGGACUUUUCGAUAUUCGUGUUUAUAUAUUGCUUCCUAAUAUUCUCCUUUAAUUUUCUAACAAUAAUAACUACGCAUCAUUGUGACGUUGUACAACAUAUCAUCCUGAUGCCAACAUAACCGCGUAGCGGUGUUAUCGUUAGAAAAUUACAGAAGCAUAAAAAAAGUGACGUGUAGAUGUUUAGAUUUUUGUAAGAUUUUGUAUAAAACGACGCGUGAGCCGCAAAUCUGUUUUUUACGAUAAGAACGUCUACUUCUGAGAGACGUUUGCGGUGACCUUAGAAUACAUAUAUAUGCGCGGAAAAGGCACAGCUAAUCUGGGCGAUAAUAAUAAAUAUCAAAAGUUUCAAAAUAUUCAUCUGAAGAUAUAUUUUUGUGUUUGUGUUUGAAUCGCGCUUGCGCGAGUAAAACUAGAGAAUGAAACAUGUAAAACGAAAUAUUUUUUCUAUUUAUGACAUGCCUCAUGCCUCAUGCCUCUUCUCACAUAUAUAUGCAUUUUAAGUGACGUUGUUUGAGACAUUGGAUUCACAUCAAUUCGCGACAUCAUGUUAUCUCUCCCUUUCCUUACACAUAGCCUAUCUUCAAAGUAUGUGACAUUGUAAGACAUUUAUUUGUACUUUGCAAGAGUGGAAUCGGAGAGAUAUAAAAGAUACACUAAUAUAUAUUUGAUAAAUUUCAACAUUAGUAACUAAAAGUACAUUUCGUUCUCUAUUUAUUCUUCACGUGAAAACGUUUUUGUACGUUUUCAAAUCGAAGAUAAAUAUGAAAUGGGAAUGAAUUUAUUUACUGAUAAAGUAUUCGUCAAAUAUAUAUAUCACGGUAAUAACAAAUUAAUAUGCCGCCCGUGAAAAAUAUCUUUUACGAAAGAUAAUGUGUCUGGACCCGUGAUUGUCAAUGAUAGAGGAAAUUUCCCCCUUAUGUAAAAAAAAAAAUAAACACGGGAUAAGAUAGGCGGUAAUAUAUGUGUAUAUAUAAGUAAAUAUAUAUAUAUAUACCUUAUAAAAUGUAAGUUAUAUAUCUAUUAUGUACAAUGUCUGAGGGAAAAAUACAAUCAUAUUUUGGCAAA